AUCGCGAACUUGAACUCCGGUCAAUUUACGUACAUGUUUACAUUGCGUCAGCUGAUCGCUUAUAAGCAAUUUACGGAAACACUUGACACCUACUCUCUUUCUCUCCUUUUAUUUGGCAGGAAAGUGUACCAUGGAGCCCAUCGGUCCGGGAAGCCAUGACCGAGCCUGGAAUGAUCCUCCGAAAUUUGCUUUCAAUGCAAGCGCCACAGCAGGUGGGCAGUCAGGAAGGAGACGUCUCAUGAACAAGAGAGUGCCAAUACCCAUUGGCCCUUCUGAUGGCACAGCACCUGCCUCUCCUUCUCUAAGACCGACCGAUGGACCACCGAAAGAUGGAGACCUGUUUCGUAUGAAGAGCCCCCAUGGACCUCCUCCCACAGUUUCUCCUGCAGUCAGUAAACUCCCAGAUGCAAAGGCUGAAAAGGAGGAGAAGAAAAAGGAGGAGCCUCUGAUUGAGGAGAAUUUGAAUGCUGAAGAAAUGCUAUCAGAAGUGAAAACAGCUCUGGAUGAGUCACUGGAGAAAGUGUCUGGUGAAUUGAAGAAAAGUGUUUUAGACGACAUCACCAAACGGCUUGAGAUGAUGAAGAAAAUGUGGAUUGAAGGUGAACUCGACCCUAUUGUGCAGAGACGGAUGUUGUUGCUCGCAAGAGCCAUGAGAGAGAGCAGUUACAAUGAGGCUUGGGAUAUCCACCAAGGACUUAUUGUUGACUUCACCAGCGUUUGCUCCACUUGGAUGGUUGGUAUAAAACGGAUCAUCUCCGAGUUUCGAAAAACGGAAAAGGAGACAACAGAGGUAGCGGAAACUGAGGUGAAGACCACAGAUGGAGAAGAAAAGGAAGCAGAGGAACCAGCAGAGGAUGUGAGUGAAGGUGUCAGCAACCUCUCAGUCGAACCAGAAGUUCAUACGAAGGAAGGUGAUGCGCCAUCUGAUAGUGUAGGAAAUAUGAGCCAGUAGCUUUUUCUGUUUUGUUCUUACUAGUCUGAUGUUUGGCUGUUCUUUGUAUUUGCUCUCUAAUAUCCAGAUCUGAGGGAUCACCUCAAAUAUUUUCAUACUAAUAUUUACAGUACAUCAUUAAAUGCUUGUUUUUCACACAUUCCAAAAACAAAGGAUGUAAAAUCCUUUCCAUGUGCCUUUGUGGAAAUAUUCAUCAAUCAUGCCAUUGAAUUGAAUGAGGUCCAGUUAUAACAUGUUUAAAUGUGCUAACCUAGACACAUUAACAGUAUCACUGAUUAAUAACAUUUUGAUUGUUCUGGUCAAUGAACAAGUAAAAAAACAAUAAGCAGUAUUCCUAAUAAAAAAGAGCAAAUAUUGUACUGGACAGAGAGUAAAUGUUUCAAUGAUGUGCAAUAAAUAUAAUCAGAAUCAAUAUAAUAAGUAGUAAUAGUCUGAAGUUUUACAUAAGAAAUAGUUCACAUAUUUGUUAAGAUUGGAUGCUGCAUUUACGGGAAAAAGGAUAAAAUUCUAAAGUGAAAAUUAUUUAAUAAUUUUCACUUACUUAUUUAUAUUUACAUGUGUGUAAUUUAUGAGAAAAAGAGAUCUUACAAUUUAUUAGAGUACUUAGUUUAUCUACAUUUUUAGUAUUGUAUUUUCUAAGGUUUUUCUGCAUUUUCCAGUUUGACAUGGAUAUAUGUUAUACAAUAUUUGUUUAGCAAAUAUAUAGAGUGAGUAAACUAUGUUUCUUCUAUGGAAAAUCAAUGUUUUGUUUAAACAAUGAAGCUGAUUAGUAAAUCAACUUUUGAGGCUUAGUGUUUUAUGAAAUACAUUAUGGGUUUCAGUUAAA